AUGUCUGUUCAAAACUCCGCAGGCAUUCAAACAUUGCUUGAUGCUGAGAAAGAAGCUCAGAAGAUUGUCCAGAAAGACCGGACAAAGAGAGUAAAGGACGCAAAGACGGAGGCCCAGAAAGAGAUUGAAGAAUACCGAAAGAAGAAGGAAGAGGAGUUCAAGAAGUUUGAGUCCGAACAAACCAGUGGGAACAAGAAAUCCCAAGACGAUGCCGGCAAAGACGCAGAAGUCAAGGUCAAGGAGAUUGACGCAGCUGGAAAGAAGUCGGGAAGCAAAGUGGUAGAUGAUCUGAUCAAAGCAGUCACGACACCCAAACCUGAGGUUCCUGAUAAGGUGUCGAAGAAUGAAUAA